AUGCCACCGAAAGGCAAGGGGAAAAAAGGAAAAAGUGAAAAAAAACCAAAAGAAGCUGAAGAAAUCUUACGUCCAUCAGAAAAAGAACUUAUUUUGCAGAAAGAAUUGGAUGAUAAAGUUCGUGAAUUAGCCGAGAUUAAACUGCGCGCAGAAUAUGUUACAUACAUGUCAAAGAAAACGAAUAUUCGUCAAACAAAAAUUGUCACAUUAACCGAUUAUCAUAAACAAGAAAUUGAAGAUAUCAAAACUGAGAAAGAAAAUAUGCUCAAAGAAUAUGAGCAAAAGAAAGAAGGUUAA